GCGGAUUGAACAGUGGUUAACAGCAGCCUAUGGUCUACAGACAUGAAGUCUUCUCAGCGCUGCAAGGGAGGGGAGUUUUCUGCUAUGAGAUGAAGCACCCCAUGGUUACAGCAGUGCUGGUAGUACUGGUGCAGGUUUCUCAGAGUUUCCCUGCCUUGUACCACCGAGGUUGGUGGAGGCUGUUACGGGAAGGAGAUAGUUGUGGAAAAUGUGAUUUGGCACUUUGCUCUGAGCCUAAAGACUGUCCAGCUGGGACUGUAUUGGACCGUUGUGGCUGCUGUCCUGAAUGUGGAAAUGUGGAAGGUCAGAUCUGCGACUUGGAUCAGGGCAAUCAUUUUUACGGGCAAUGUGGGGAGAACCUCGAGUGCAGGCUGGAUGCUGAUGAAGCAAGGUUUGGGGAAGUCCCCGAGCCCCAGUGUGUAUGCAAGUCUCAAGAGAGUAUCUGUGGACCCGAAGGUAAAACCUACGAGAACAUCUGUCAAUUCAACAAGGCUUAUGCUACGAAAAGAAAUAUCAGCAUGAAACAUAAAGGACCGUGUGAAUCAGCUCCUGUUAUUUCUAUGCCACCUCAGGAUGUCCAGAAUUUCACAGGCAAUGAUGUCAUUUUUGGCUGUGAGGUGUCAGCCUAUCCUAUGCCACACCUUGAAUGGAAAAAAAAAGGGAAUAAAAUGUUUCUGCCAGGAGAUGAUGCCCACAUCUCAGUACAGGCAAGAGGUGGGCCUCAGAAGUAUGGUGUGACAGGCUGGCUGCAGAUUCAAGGCCUCAAAAAAUCAGAUGAAGGCGUUUACAUCUGCCACACCAAAAAUAAGUAUGGUGCAACAUAUGCCUCCGCAAGAUUGAAAGUCAUUGACGGCUCAUCUCCUGCAUUUGCAUUUACUGCUGGCAGUAGAAGUGCAAGCUACAGCAUUGAAUAUGGGGAGUAUUAUGACCAUUCUGAUGAUGAAGAUGAUGAAGAAUAUGAAUCUGGGGACUAUGAAAAUUGAAACAACUCUGAAUAAUAAUUUGUAUAUAUUUGUUGUCCAAUACCUUUCACACUGUUGUAUUUACUAGUAGUCUCUAUGCUGUAAACGGCUCCUCUGACAACACACAUAUUCACUUGUGUAUCCACCUUCCUGAAAUUCAACUUUGGCUGAAGUAUAUCAUGCUACUUACUAGAAAUAAGAACAGUUGUAAAUUCAUACAUUUAGUCUGUUAAAUAAAAUUCUUAAACCUGCACCUUUCUACUAAGUAUACUGAAGGGAUCAAAUUUUAUAUUAAUUUUUAAAAUGUGAAUUUUAAUUUCUUUCAUUCUAAUUUGUCUACCAAAAAUGUCCAUACUUAAACAAAAUUUGUACCCUGUAUCAAUUUCCUUUUUUCUAUAAUGUACUAAGAAAUACCAAGAGAUUGUUCACAUGGCAACAAGCCUAAGUAUGAAGGUUGCAAAAGAGUCUUUAAUCUCCUUAGUUCAUAUUUUCUCAUAAGUUUCAGCAAGAUUUUCCUUCUCAUUUGAAAUUUUCCAUGGUUAGUCUCAUCAAGGGCAAAUUAUCUGUCUUUUGGGGGGUUGUUUACUUUUAAUAGAUACAUGAAGCAAUCACAGUCUAAAGCAAAUAAGUGCUAUUUUACUAGCAAUACUCAAAAAAAACCCCAAAACACCACCCAAACAGGAAAAGAUUUCUUGUGCAUUCAAACAUACGAGCACACCUUUUGACUUCUUUUUGUAACAGUUCUUACACUAUUCCCGACAGCGUUGGCUCGUUCCCAAUGGUGCAAGAUUUGGGAUCAUUAUUUUUACUCUGAACAGCAUCAUGUUUGGUGCAAAUUACUGCAGUUUAAAGGUGGUGACUGUUCUGUAGCUCAGUGCCUACCCCUCAAACACACAGAGAACUGUACAAUGGAGCCAGGAUUUGUCCUUUGUCUUGGAUUGUCCAAGACUUGCUCCUAUAUGUGACCCACCUAUACUAUGCCCACCUAAGGUGCAUUCAGCAUUGCCACACUUCUGAAAUGGCAGACAGAGAAGCAGGCAUCAUUUUCCUUCUGAAAACCACCAAAACACAUGCACAUUUUUCAAACUGUCCCCACCAAUUCUUGAUCAGUAUGAACCAGACAGCAAAUAAAAUGCAAUUCAAAACCACAAGACUUCAAAGUGUAUAGUGAUCACUCUGAAAAAUUUCUCCAGUUGCUUUUGUUAACUAAUUACAUGAAGGCUCGGUCUGCAUUAAUGGGUGAUGGAAGAUACGAAACUAUGAAAAUCACUUUUGGGAGGCAGUUACACCUAUUGGUUCCCAUUGGCUGAGGACAGAUGAAUAGCAGUACAUUACUGAACGACGUUAAUGACUAAGAAAGCAAAAGUUUAUGCAUCUGAAUGUACAGCCUCACUAUUUGCAGUCGUCCUUAUCCAAUGCUCAAAAACAUGUAGUGAUUACUGCACACACUGAUGUAACUUUAAAUUAAUGGUGUUAAGGAAGUUUUAAAGGUAAUCUUACUGUACUGUGUAGCUUUUUUAAUAUAUAUACAGUGCAUCACAAACUCCUCCUUUAAUGUUGUGCUGUUUUGUGCUUUUUUUGCCAUUAGGCAGAUUUUUCCUUUCAAUUUGAAUUACAUUAAGAGAUUGGCUAUAGACUGUGUUUGCCCUGAGGUAUUAUUGAUCUUUGUCCAGGUAGCAAACAAGCAAAGAAUAAUUUAUUUUGUUUCAGACUUCCUGGAGUAUUGUCAACUUGUAAGUAGAAAGCAUGCCACUGUGUCAUUGAAAAGAUUAAUUAGUUUUAAUUAGGAGUAUCAAAUAGCUUCAUAUUUAACUACUGAUGUUGUUGUUAUGGGCUCUUCCUAGUCUUCUUAGUGAUAUGUCUAGCAUUUUUUUUGCUUAUCCACUAUAUAUUAAUUCAAACAUUAAAUUGUCUGGUAGAAAUGACUGAAAUUUUCUUUUAAGUGGGUAUUUCUUAUUCAAGAUCAAUUGUGAUCUGCAUUGCAAAUGAAUGAAUUAGAUUACUAAACCGAUCACAGAAUUGUGGCAAUAUAUACUGGCAUAGACUAGUACGUGUCGCAGAAAAUAAUCUUGAAAUCAUUAGCCAUGGAAAUAAAGUAGAAUUCUUCAGGGCCUUUUGCUGUUGCUAAUGUAAAAUGAAAAACAGAAAGAAAAGAAUGUUUGAAUGAGAAAAUGUUUAGCAGAACCAUAUCAAAUACCAGACUGUGACUGUUUGGCCUGAUGGACUAUGUCUAUUUAAAAAAGCUAACCUUCCCAGAACAAAGGAUUCUACAUUAAAUAUAUUGCAC